AUGGAUCAAGUUCAAGACAAGCUUCUAGUUCUUCGCAACAAGCUCGACCAAAUACCUGCUCUUCAGCAAGCAGAGGAAAAGACCAAGGUUCCCAAGGAAUACCUCGUGGUUGGUGGCGGUGCUCUCUUGAUCAUUCUGCUCUUUGUCGGAACUGGAGCUGGACUUCUUUGCAGUUUGGUUGGAUUUGUCUACCCAGCUUUCCAAUCUUUGAAGUGCAUUGAGAACAAGAAUAAAGGAGAUGAUGUCCAAUGGCUGGUGUACUGGGUUAUCUUUGCCUUCUUUGGAAUUUUGGAGUCCUUUGCCAAUUUCUUGCUUUACUGGAUCCCCUUUUACUACGCCUUCAAGUUGGCCUUUUUGAUGUGGGCGUUUCUUCCUCAAACAAAGGGAGCCAAAUUCCUUUAUGAUUCUUUCCUCAAGGAUUUCUUGAAGAAGGAGAACAGAAUUGAAUCUGCCAUGGCCGAUGCUAAGAAGUCUGCGGAAUCAACUGCCGAGGAACUUGUCAACGCUGCCAAUGAAGCUCUGAAGAAGGCCGAGUAA